AUUAUGGUUUGAAAGAUAGAGGCUGGACAGCUGGGUUUGCUGGGGUAUUUUUAAAUGCAUUAAUGCAGGCUCCAAUCACUCGGCCAUGCUUGACCUAUUUUUGGCUCAGGCCGACCAUUGUUCUAUUUCUGUGCCUGUGGGCCAUGCUGUUGUUGAUUCAUAUGCAAAUGGAUUAUCACUAGCUUUAGCCAACUUGAGCUGAGAGAGACCAGAGAGGAGGAAGAGACACACACACAGAUAGCAGAAGGGCACCGGCUGAAGCCACUGGCAGGACUGACUGACGCUUCCUACAAGGAAACUCUAGCAGCCUGAGGAACUAUAAGCCAGGUUUAAUUGGUUUCUUUUUCUCGUGGGUAGAGUUAAUAUUUUUCUACUUACUCUGACAAAGCAAUAACCCUGAAGCACACUCCUAGUUCCCACCUGCUUUUAGUUUCCGGGAUAGCCUAAACUCCAGAGAGCCCUAGCAUCCACCGGGUCCUUUCUGCUUUGUACACAGAUGGGGUGGCUGGACGAGAGCAGCUCUUGGCUCAGCAGAGAAUGCACAGUAUGAUCAGCUCAGUCGAUGUGAAGUCAGAGGUUCCUGUGGGCCUGGAGCCCAUCUCGCCUUUAGACCUAAGGACAGACCUCAGGAUGAUGAUGCCCGUGGUGGACCCUGUUGUCCGUGAGAAGCAACUGCAGCAGGAGUUACUCCUCAUCCAGCAACAGCAGCAGAUCCAGAAGCAGCUUUUGAUCGCGGAGUUUCAGAAGCAGCAUGAGAACUUGACACGGCAGCACCAGGCUCAGCUUCAGGAGCACAUCAAGUUGCAACAGGAACUUCUAGCCAUAAAACAGCAGCAAGAACUGCUAGAAAAGGAGCAGAAACUGGAGCAGCAGAGGCAAGAACAGGAAGUAGAGAGGCAUCGCAGAGAACAGCAGCUUCCUCCUCUCAGAGGCAAAGAUAGAGGACGAGAAAGGGCAGUGGCAAGUACAGAAGUAAAGCAGAAGCUUCAAGAAUUCCUGUUGAGUAAAUCAGCAACAAAAGACACUCCAACUAAUGGAAAAAAUCAUUCCGUGAGCCGCCAUCCCAAGCUCUGGUACACGGCUGCCCACCACACGUCAUUGGAUCAAAGCUCUCCACCCCUGAGUGGAACACCUCCAUCCUACAAAUACACAUUACCCGGAGCACAAGAUGCAAAGGAUGAUUUCCCCCUUCGAAAAACUGCCUCUGAGCCCAACUUGAAGGUGCGGUCCAGGUUAAAACAGAAAGUGGCAGAGAGGAGAAGCAGCCCCUUACUCAGGCGGAAGGAUGGAAAUGUUGUCACUUCAUUCAAGAAGCGAAUGUUUGAGGUGACAGAAUCUUCAGUCAGUAGCAGUUCCCCAGGAUCUGGUCCCAGUUCACCAAACAAUGGUCCAACUGGAAAUAUUACUGAAAAUGAGACUUCAGUUUUGCCACCUACUCCUCAUGCUGAGAAAAUGGUUUCACAGCAGCGCAUUCUAAUUCACGAAGAUUCCAUGAACCUGCUCAGUCUUUAUACCUCUCCGUCUUUGCCCAACAUCACCCUGGGUCUUCCAGCAGUGUCAACCCAGCUCAAUGCUUCAAAUUCACUCAAGGAAAAACAGAAGUGUGAGACCCAGACACUCAGGCAAGCUGUUCCUCUGCCUGGGCAAUACGGGGGCAGCCUCCCAGCAUCUUCAAGCCAUCCCCACGUUACUUUGGAGGGAAAGCCCAAUAGCAGCCACCAAGCUCUCCUGCAGCAUCUAUUAUUGAAAGAACAAAUGCGACAGCAAAAACUUCUUGUGGCUGGUGGAGUUCCCUUACAUCCUCAGUCUCCCUUGGCAACAAAAGAGAGAAUUUCACCCGGCAUUAGAGGUUCCCACAAAUUACCCCGACACAGACCCCUGAAUCGAACCCAGUCUGCACCUUUGCCACAGAGCACCUUGGCUCAGCUGGUCAUUCAGCAGCAGCACCAGCAGUUCUUGGAGAAGCAGAAGCAAUACCAGCAGCAGAUCCACAUGAACAAGCUGCUUUCGAAAUCUAUUGAACAACUGAAGCAACCAGGCAGUCACCUCGAGGAAGCAGAGGAAGAGCUUCAGGGGGACCAAGCGAUGCAGGAAGACAGAGCGCCCUCUAGUGGCAACAGCACUAGGCGUGACAGCAGUGCUUGUGUGGAUGACACAUUGGGACAAGCUGGUGCUGUGAAGGUCAAGGAGGAACCGGUGGACAGUGAUGAAGAUGCUCAGAUCCAGGAAAUGGAAUCUGGGGAGCAGGCUGCUUUUAUGCAACAGCAGCCCUUCCUGGAGCCCCAGCACACACGUGCAGUCUCCGUGCGCCAGGCUCAGCUGGCUGCUGUGGGCAUGGAGGGAUUAGAGAAAGAGCGGCUGCUCUCCAAGACCCACUCCUCCCCCGCAGCCUCCACGUUACCUCACCCAGCAAUGGACCGCCCCCUCCGGCCGGGCUCUGCAACUGGAAUUGCCUAUGAUCCUUUGAUGCUGAAACACCAGUGCAUUUGUGGCAAUUCCACCACCCACCCUGAGCAUGCUGGACGAAUACAGAGCAUCUGGUCACGGCUGCAAGAAACUGGGCUGCUAAAUAAAUGUGAGCGAAUUCAAGGUCGAAAAGCCAGCCUGGAGGAAAUACAGCUUGUUCAUUCCGAACAUCACUCACUGUUGUAUGGCACCAACCCCCUGGACGGACAGAAGCUGGACCCCAGAAUGCUCCUAGGUGACUCCUCUCAAAAGUUUUUUUCUUCAUUACCAUGUGGUGGACUUGGGGUGGACAGUGACACCAUUUGGAAUGAGCUGCACUCGUCCGGCGCUGCACGCAUGGCUGUUGGCUGUGUCAUCGAGCUGGCUUCCAGAGUGGCCUCCGGAGAGCUGAAGAAUGGAUUUGCUGUGGUGAGGCCCCCAGGCCAUCAUGCUGAGGAAUCCACAGCCAUGGGGUUCUGCUUUUUUAAUUCAGUUGCAAUUACCGCCAAAUACUUGAGAGACCAACUAAAUAUAAGCAAGAUAUUGAUUGUAGAUCUGGAUGUUCACCAUGGAAAUGGUACACAGCAAGCCUUUUAUGCUGACCCCAACAUCCUGUAUAUUUCACUCCAUCGCUAUGAUGAAGGGAACUUUUUCCCUGGCAGUGGAGCCCCAAAUGAGGUUGGAACAGGCCUUGGAGAAGGAUUCAAUAUAAAUAUCGCCUGGACAGGUGGCCUUGACCCCCCCAUGGGAGAUACUGAGUACCUUGAAGCAUUCAGAACUGUAGUGAAGCCUGUGGCCACAGAGUUUGAUCCAGACCUGGUCCUGGUUUCGGCUGGAUUUGACGCAUUAGAAGGCCACGCCCCUCCUCUGGGGGGGUACAAAGUGACAGCAAAAUGCUUUGGUCAUUUGACGAAGCAGCUGAUGACACUGGCUGAUGGACAUGUGGUGUUGGCUCUAGAAGGAGGACAUGAUCUCACAGCCAUCUGCGAUGCAUCAGAAGCCUGUGUAAAUGCCCUUCUAGGAAAUGAGCUGGAGCCACUUGCAGAAGAUGUUCUCCACCAAACUCCAAAUAUGAAUGCUGUUAUUUCUCUACAGAAGACCAUUGAAAUUCAAAGCAAAUACUGGAAGUCGGUAAGGAUGAUGGCAAUGCCAAGGGGCUGUGCUCUGGCUGGGGCUCAGCUGCAAGAGGAGACGGAGACUGUUUCUGCCCUGGCCUCCCUGACAGUGGAUGUGGAACAGCCCUUUGCUCAAGAAGACAACAGAACUGCUGGUGAGCCUAUGGAAGAGGAGCCAGCCUUGUGAAGUGCCAAGUCCUCCCCAGCCCCCCACCCCCGAUAUUUCCUGUGUGUGACAUCAUUGUGUAUCCCCCCACCACCCAGCACCUUCAGACAUGUCUUGUCUGCUGCCUGGGUGGCACAGAUUCGAUGGAACAUAAACACUGGGCACAAAAUUCUGAACAGCAGCUUCACUUGUUCUUUGGAUGGACUUGAAAGGGCAUUAAAGAUUCCUUAAAAGUAACCGCUGUGAUUCUAAAGUUACAGUAAACCACGAUUGGAAGAAACUGCUUCCAGCAUGCUUUUAAUAUGCUGGGUAACCCACUCCCAGGCCCAAAGGAUGAACUAGAAACAUGCAACACAGCAUUAGAUACUGUUAAUUAUCGAUGCUACGACAGCCAGUGAAAUUUUGGGCAAAACCUGAGAAAUACUCAUUCCUGACAUUCUGAUCAGUUUUUUUUUUUUGGAUAACUUUUUGUCAGACAGUCUUAAAUUGUUUACAGGAUUUGCUUUCAGCUAUGAACGGAUAGCAAUUCCCGACAGAUCACGGGGUUUGUUUUGUUUUGUUCUGUUUGUUUUUGGCCUUUGUUUUAACACAUGGUUCAACUCUUGCUAGUAAGAGUCCAACAUGGAGGAACUGAGAUGAGGCUUUUUUUCCAGGGGAAUAAAACAUGCAGUAUCUCAAAGUCCAGUGGCAAAGGAACGUCACAUAGUAUAUGUAAUUUUUUGAGAAGUCAUGCCGCUUCCCUAACAUCCCUCCCUCUCUGUGUUCUGACACAGGAACUCUGCAGUUCAUGUGGGAUGAUGGCUCCCUCCACCCAUCCCCCUUCCCCCCUCCCCCCACUGUACAUCUCUUGCUCUGAGGACAGUAGCUCUGAGCAUAUGUUCCAUGGAAUAUUUUAACUGUCUUUGAAAAAGUGUGUGUCUUUUCCAAGGCCAUCUUAAUUUGUUCCAAAUCUAUCAAGAACUUCUCUGACUUUUAUUUUAGUCUUCCAUUACUUCCUUUCUUCUUGCCUUUCAUCCUUCCUUCCAAUAAAAAAAAAAAAGGUGAGUAUUACCCACAAUCUCCCCAAUUACUCAGGAGCUUUGUGAACUUAGUUUUUUUGUUUUUUUUUUAUUUCCCAGGUUAACACAGUUGCUUAGUCUGAUGUAUUCUUUUAGCAGUAAAACCACUGAGGGUAAAUAUGGUUUAAGCAAUGUUACUGAAUUUUCGUGUUAAUGAAGGCAUUGCCUAUUUGAAGUCACCUAGAAUUGAGUUAACCUUGAAAUUGUGCCUUCAUGUGAAAACAACACAACACAAACUUAACCUUUACACAUGUUGCCUUAGUGUCAAAGGCAAAAAAUAAAGGACAUUUAUUUCUGAGAUUAAAAGCAACUUAUUAAAUAUAAGUAGGUUAUCCCCAUACCUCCCAUUAUUCUAUUUCAAUGUAUAACUCAAACACCUAAAGACAUUGAUGUAGAAUACCUCACAGUAUUUAAUAUCUGACGAUGCUUUCAAAAGAAUUGAUGUUUCUUUUUAUAUAUUUUCCUAACUCAAAGGAUAUAUUAAAGCCAUAAGUGAAGAUUGUCAUGCUUUUAUUCAAAAAUCUGAAAGAAACCUUAAUUAAAACAAGGUUUUAGGGAAGGCCAUGAUAUGAAAGAUAUGGAACAAUAUGGUUUUAGUUAAAGAGGACUCCAACCUGUAAAUCAAAGAUGAAAGAUUUCACUCACGUAGAAUUAUAUAACUCCCUUUUGUUAUACAGUCAGACCAUAUUUUUCAUGCAUUUGGUUUUCUUAGGAUUACCAUUUUAAUUUUAAAGACUUUUAUUACAUAUACAAAAAUGGCUCAAUACUUGGUUUAACAUCUUAGAAAUUUGAGACACUCUUUGAAAUAGGAAAUCUGAAAUGGAAUGUAACUCAGUAUUAAAAAUUACUUUCAUUGCAUAAGGGUAAGGUCAACCUAGAUUCACAAUAGUAAUGAAUUUUUUUUCAUGAUAUUUUUAGAGAAAUUCAUGCCAAUCAUACUUGCUAGCUCUUGCUAUUUUUGCUGUAAUUACUUAAGGAGAUUUACUUAAAGAAACCAAAGGCUUAAAAAAAAAAAAAACACAUUCCCCCUCCCUUUAAAAAGGAAAGCUCUAUCAUAUUGUAAUUGGAAACAUAAUUGUGACUUUUUAAAAUCAACUUUGUAAUUACAAAUCUCUAUUCUUCCUCUCAGUCCCGCCAGAUAUUUUUUUUAGACUUGGAAUAAGAAAAUGAAACGGUAUAAUGCAAACAUACUAAUUUACUGAAGUUUCCUACAAUAAUUUUACCUUAAACAUUACGCAUAGCCAUCAGUCUGAUAAAGCCAAAUCACUAGCACAUCGCCAUGGUUUUUAAGAUUUAAAACCUUAAACAUUAAUGAGUUAAUCACACAUCCUUCCACGUGAUACAGGACCCAGUUGGUUGCAGUUAGAGUCUUUAGGAUACACAGAGAGGCAGAUAAACUAUGGAGAGGAUUAAUCACAGCUGAAUGUAGUUGUAAGAACCAAAUGCCAGUGCUUUUUGAUAGUACCGUUACAAGAUGGCGUGUAGCCCUCAGGAACAGAAUGGAGGCUUUUGGAGAAUAUCAGUACUUUUGAAAUAGAACAGAAUUUUUUAAAACAGGUAGUUUCACUUGGUAUAGUUUCCUUAACUUACACAUUUUAUUUUUAUUGCUCACAAGAAUUCCCAGUAAGAGGCUGUUAGAAACACUCUUCUGUAAGCAUUAUCAAUAAUAUGUCUCUUUCUAUUCCCUGCUUCGAAGGGUAAUUACAUAGACUUUCUCACAAUCUUAUAACAACUCAUAUAUGAGGGAUAAAAAUAAAUGUUUUUGUGAAAUCUACUAGUAAACAAUACAAGGAGUGAUAAUAGGUACAAAAUGAAAAUGUAAGAAAAUCUUCUCAAUUGUAUAAUCUGGGGUUAUAUAUUAAAUUGAAAUCCAGUUUUAUUAAAUAAUAAGUAAAGUGAAAUGGAACUCAAAUGAUAAUAGAGGCUAUUUAAUCAUUGCUUAGUAGGUGAAAACAUUUUGAGAUGAAAUAUUUUUAAAUAUUUUAACAAAUUUACAACAUCAAUACUUUGGCCACCUGAUGUGAAGAACUGACCCAUUGGAAAAGACCCUGUUGCUGAGAAAGCCUGACAGCUAGAGAAAGGACAACAGCAUGAGAUGCUUGGAUGGGAUCACUGGAUCAAUGGAUAUCAGUUUGAGCAAACUCUGGGAGACAGAGAAGGACAGGGAAGCCUGGCGUGCGGCAGUCCAUGGGAUUACAAAGAGUCAGACAUGACAUAGCAACUGAACAACAAUGACAUCAAUAGUGGAGACAAAAGUCAGCUUUUGGAGAAAACAGAUACUUAUGAACAAACUACUGUAAGUCAUAUUUCUGUGAUCAAUUGUAGAAAUUGAAAUCAUACCUUCGGUUUUAACUAUAAACCUUUGCAAAAUUCUCCCACACCUCUCACUGGCAACAUGGUAGAUUUGAAAGCAGGACAGCUCCUCACAGAAAGAUUUCAGAAACUAAGACUGGUCUUCCCCAACAAUUCAGUACCAUUUUAUUUCAGAAGGAUUUCCCCAAAGCUUUGUGGAUUUACUAGGAUUCUUUGAAGAUUCCAUAUGGCUAUAAAAUGAUCAUGUGGAAGUUCUCCUGGGAGAAACUUUCUCUCCAAUCAGCAUUUUCAAACUUAUUUUCUAUCCUAGCAUUAAUGUUUAGGACAAUUUAAAUAUUUUUUUUUUACUAUUUAUCUUUAGAACGUUUACUCUGUCUCAGUGGAAGUAUUAAAUGCCUAAUAGCCACAAAACAAAUAAGCCAAAGGUUCCUGUCUUAAAAGUGAUUCAUUCCGAGCUUGAAAUAAUCACUGUUAUGAGUUUGACAUUGUCAUUUCUGGCAGUAUCUAUCUUCCUGAUUCAGGAAUGAAAUCACUUCACUUACUGAGUAAAUUUUUUUUUAAAAAAAGUAGUAGUAGGAAACAACACACCUUGAGCCAUUCCAUAGGAGGGCAUUUUCAUCUCCAAAAGAAAUGAAAAGCAGAUGGUGUAUGCUAAGAAAUGAAGGCAUUUUGUCGUCUUCAAAAUUGAUCAUCAGCAUCGUCAUGAUCAUCAUCAAAUAUGUCCUGUGUUCCCAAAGGACACAAUUAUAUUUUGGUUUCCAGCACUAUUUUGUACUGUCUGUUGCCUUCUGAAUGAAGUAUUUUGAGUACUACAUCACUUUCAUCAACACCCUCACUAAAAUACAUAAGUGCCUGCAUGUGGCUUCUUUUCCUGGUCAUAUUUACAUUGAAAAUCUUACCUUUUGCCUCCUAACAGCUUGUUUUUACUCCAUCAAAUGCUUUGUGAAGCACAGCAUGAUUGUCUUGUGACCAGAGUAUAAAGUUUUUAGAUGAACAUGGUAUACUCACAAAGGCCUACAGAACUUGAUUUCUCCAAAUGAACUGUAGUUUGUUUUUCCUGUGGUACACCUGGCAGGUUUUAUGUAAUGGUUUAUGCAACAACUGAGUCAAAGUUAUUGAUAUUCUGGAAAUAGCUGGGUCAGACAAGUGAACCUUACACUUUUGAUCUGGGGCUGCUUCUGCUUGACCUCAAUGAUAGGGUUACAGGGUUGUAAUAAUUUCUCAAACCAUCUUAAUUCUCAAACUGGAACAUUUAGCAAAUAUGUGGUAAAUUCACCAUACAGUGCCAAUCUUUCUAACCAAUAAUUUCCUUUCCACCCCUCCCCUCCUUCCCUUGUCCAACUGCCAAUACCAAAUUGCCAUAUCAAAACUAUCAGAAUAAUUUCUUAAAUCUGUUUCCUCAGUAGAAGCAACCUUGGCAACUUAUUUCCUAUGACAUCACUAGGUAUUGCCAUUUUAUAAUAUAUAAACACUCUAGUACACACUCUUUUUUUAUCUUUCAAGAACCACUUGACUUAUUGCUAUUCUCAAUAGAUAAAUCAAGUUAUUGUGUUUUAACCUACAGCUUUGGACCUGUCAUUUGUUUCAUUAACACAGAAUUUUUCUUUUUGUCUCAAAUGCAGUUUUCCACCGUUCUUGGUACUACCUGAUUGUGUUUUGCUAGUUAUCACAUAGAGAAGAUUGUAUAUAGACUUUUCUUGUCUUUUAGAUGUUUUAUGAAUCAAACCCACAAGCAUAAACUCCAACCUGAAGAAAAAAAAUGGCAAAGGAGAAAUUUUAAAUCAAUAUAAUUUGGAAGUAAGAUAUUUACAGACUAUUCCAAGAAAUCCAGAGUUCUUUUAUUUCUGUUUGGGCCUUAGGCAUGUUAGAAGCAAAUGUUGCAACACCAAGUGAGGAGGGUCAAAUGUUUUGUGGGACAUUGUAGUCAUGCCCUUUAGGCUUCAACGUGGUGCCCUUUUUUGGAGUUGGCAUUUUAUGACAUUUGGUUAGAGAAUUUGCAACAAUUUUUGGCUACUGCUUUUAUUAAAACUGAGUAGAAUAGUUUUUUUUGUUGUUUGUGUGGUUUUUUUAAUAUAUGAAUGAAGAACUCUUAAAAUCUGAGGAGGAAUGGCACUUCCUUGAGUAUGCAAAGACCGUUUUUAGAUUAAAAAUCUUCAUACGCUCUUCCUAACCUGUAAGAUUCCUAAACUCUUUCUGGGUAAGCAGUGUCAAUGUCUAGCUCCACAGUUGGGUGAUAUGUAAUUGUCUUUUCAGUGGCGACUGGGCAUAAACAGACAUGCUGUUAACAGUGAGUGGUCAUUCUGUAGAUUAUAGCUUCGGCAGUUUGUGUCAUUGAAAGCAAAUAUCCUGAUAUUUUUAAAUAAGGUAGGCAGAGCAGGCAGGAGGUCAAAACUUGUCACUCUCAUGAUUAAACACGGACCAGGCUUGUUGAUGUGUAUGCCAAUCAAUCUGGAGUUUCUGGCUUGGUGUAAAAUUAAAAUGUCUUUUAUAUUGUGGUCUGCUAUCUGUUUCUGUAAUAAGAUCAGUUUGUUGUCUUCUGUGCACCAGUGGUUUUGCCCUUAAUUUUUUUGGCUAGCAUUCACUAAAAUCUGUCAUCCAGAACUGCUGAGAAAAAUACAUGUUGCCAAACUUUUCUUAAAAUUUUGCUGCCAGUGAUGUUUUCCCAGAUGUGAAAAAUAAUUAUCUAAUAAAGGAUUAAUACCUAAUAACAA